AUUAAAGACCCCACCCCCCACUUCCCUCCUACUACCUCUUCUCUCCCCAUUUCUCACCGCCAUUGCCGAAAGGCGAAAGCUUUUCCCCUCCGCUCCUUCUCCUUCUUCAAGCUCCCGACUCCUCCACGGCCAUGCCCUCCUCCCUCUACGUCGUCAUCCCGCGCGCCAACUCCCAGGCAGCACCCGCCCUCGCGCGCUCGUAGCGCAGCCGCACGACGGCCGGCCGGCGACCCGACCUAUGCUCCCUGACCAGUCGGGCAUUGGCUGACCCCCAAAUGCCUCGCACUAACUAGCCGCCUCUUGCACAUACACACUACUACCACAAACUCCAACAAGAACAAGAAGGAUUCCCCGCACGUUUUACGAAUCGGGCCGCCGCUAGGCUAGCUGCCUUGUCGUCGCCGGAGAGGAAUUUUAGCCUCGCCGGACGCCAAGGCGCGCAGAUUUUUUUCUGUUUAGCAUACCUUUUGUAGGUUUUUGUUUUCCUUCCUUAAAAAUCCUUCUUUUCGGAGCGGAAUUCACGGUUAAUUUUGCCGGCGAUGGGAGUGGUGGAGUUCUCGGUCCUGGGGGCGGUGCAGAAGUUCCGAGCCCUCAUCACCGGCUCCACGUCCCCCGCCGCCAAUGAAGAACCCCGCCGGGCGAGCUCGCCGCCGCUGCCCCCGACGCCGCCGCGCAGCGGGGACGUGUCCCCAGCGGAUUCGCCGCCGCCCGCCGCGGCGAGAUCCGGAGGCAGGCGCGCCAUCGCCGUCCGCCGUCAGAUCUCCUCGCCGCAGCUCCUCCGCUGCCACGCUGUCAGGAGGGCAGAUGGCGAGGAAAAUGACGAGACCGGGGUUCAGUUUUUCACCCCAGGGAAUGACUACUUACACGACUUCUCAGACACUGAGUCUGUGAGUACCGCUAACGAGCUCAACCGGUCUACAACCUUAAGCCCCUUGAAGAGCCCGACCUGGAUGGUCUGGCAGAAUGACGGCACGCAAUCGUCCAGGAGAAACGGCCGUUUCAGCCUGGAUUCUCAUGGCCAUGGUACUAAUCUAUAUGGCAGUGUCACUUGCAGCUGCGUGGAAGGCGACACCGCUGAACAUCCAGUUGACUUUGAUGCCAAUAUUUGGUGCCCACCACUGCCAGAAGAUGAGGAUGAUGACGCGGAGUCGAGACUAUUUGGAUUCGACGAUGAGGAUGAUGAGGUUGAGGUGUCGAGCAAUCUUCUUGCUCUUGGCUGCUUUAACACUAACCAAACAGUUGGUGUUGGCAUGCUCACCGAGAUAGCUCAUAAAGAGGGCCUGAGGAAUGCUGUACUUGGCCAUUUUCGAGCUCUAGUGGCUCAGUUACUGAAUGGAGAAGGUAUUAGUGUGGGAAAUGAUGAUGGUUCCAUAACUUGGCUUGAGAUAGUGUCCACCUUAUCCUGGCAAGCUGCUAGUUAUGUGAGACCAAAUACAAAGAAAGGUGGCAGCAUGGAUCCUACUGAUUAUGUGAAGAUCAAAUGUAUAGCAUCCGGGGAUCCGAUUGAUAGCAAUCUUAUUAGAGGAGUUGUUUGUUCCAAGAACUUAAAGCACAAACGCAUGAUCUCUGAGCAUAAGAAUCCGAAACUGCUCAUUUUAGGAGGAGCACUUGAGUAUCAGAGGGUCACUAAUAAAUUAGCGUCUAUUGACAAUAUACUUGAACAGGAGAAGGAGCAUCUGCGAAAGAUUGUGGGAAAGAUAGAAUCUCGCCGACCAAAUGUGCUGCUAGUUGAGAGAAGUGUCUCAUCUUAUGCCCAAGAGCUUUUGGAAAAAGGAAUUUCAUUAGUUUUAAAUGUUAAGAGGCCGCUUUUGGAGAGGAUAUCAAGAUGCACUGGAGCACAGAUUGCCUCAUCAAUUGACGAUAUUGCUUCGGCAAGGCUAGGCCAAUGUGAAAUGUUCAAGGUGCAGAGAGUUCUGGAAUUCCCAUCAGGAAAGCAGACAAACAGGAGGUCAACAAAAACGCUGAUGUUCUUUGAAGGCUGCCCAAGGCGUUUGGGCUGCACAGUUUUACUGAGAGGGUCCUGUAGGGAGGAACUAAAGAAAAUUAAGCGUGCAGUCCAACUUGCAGUGUUUGCCGCUUAUCACCUUUCUCUGGAAACAUCAUUCUUUGCUGAUGAAGGAGCAACUCUUCCUAAAGUUCCUUCGAGGCCUGUGAUAAUGGUGCCAGAUAUGCGAAGUGAUGCAGACUAUUUUGCUGCAUCUGCUGGUGUUGAUGUGCCUUAUAAACUCAAGCAAGUACAAGGCGAUGAUUCACGGAUUAUGCUUGAGGAAAAUUCAGUCUCACCUGGUUCAUUAUCUUUGAAUGAGGAAGGGAAAGGUAUCAUCUUCGAGCAUAGAGAAUCUGGAUCUCCUGUUGAACACAGGGAAUCUGAAUCGCCUGUUGAGCACAUGGAAUCUGAAUCGCCCGUUGAGCAAAGAGGACCUGAAUCUCCUGUUGAUCAUUACUUAUCCCAUGCAAUUGAUUCAUGCGGUGGGUGUAAAAUACCUCCAGAUUUAUUGGAUAGUGAUCCAAGAACUUCAGGUACUGUGAUGCAGUUUCAGUAUUUGUAUUACUCUGCAUUGUAUCGCAUUGCAAACAAUAACAAUCAACAUGUGGUACCAGGGAAGAAAUGUCAAGAAGUAGGCAAGUGGAAUCAUCAAACACAUCAUGACUUUCCUGCAAGAGACCUGAAUGACCAAACCGAGUUUUCUGGUGAAUACAUUCCUACUACUGACAACCAUCAAAGCAUCUUAGUUUCCCUGUCGAGCACUUGUAUCCCCAAAAGUCUGGUAUGUGAGCGUCCACAGCUCUUCCGCAUAAAGUUUUACGGUAGCUUUGAUAAGCCACUUGGGAGAUACCUCCGGGAAGACUUAUUUGAUCAGGCAUAUUGCUGUCAAACAUGUAAAGAACCAUCUGAAUCACAUGUAAGGUGCUAUAUUCAUCAACAUGGGAGCUUAACAAUUAGUGUUAGGCGUCUUCUGUCUCAGAAGUUGCCAGGUGAGCAUGAUGGCAGGAUAUGGAUGUGGCAUAGAUGCCUCAAGUGUGAACCUAAGGAUGGUGUACCACCUGCUACACGGAGGGUAAUUUUGUCAGAUGCUGCUUGGGGCCUGUCAUUUGGGAAAUUCUUGGAGCUAAGCUUUUCAAAUCAUGCUACUGCUAACCGAGUUGCAAGCUGUGGGCAUUCUCUCCAGAGGGACUGUCUUCGUUUCUAUGGAUACGGGAACAUGGUGGCCUUCUUCAGAUAUUCUCCUGUUGAUAUUCUAUCAGUUAACCUUCCCCCGUCGGUAUUGUGUUUCAACUGUCACAGUCCACAAGACUGGACUAAAACGGUGGCAGUUGAGAUAUAUGGCCAAAUGAAAUCCUUACAUUGGGAGAUAUCUGAUUUUCUCCAUCGCACUGAAAAGAGUAUUCUAAUUGAGGAUGAACCGGUCAAGACUGGUAUUCAAAGGCAGAUAAUUGAGAUGAAGGAUUUGCUCAAAAUGGAAAGAAAUGAAUACGAGAUUUUGCUUUUACCAGUUAUUAGAGAUAGCUACUUGCAGGCAUCAAUUGAUAUUCUGGAGCUCAACCGCUUGAGGCGUGGUCUUAUUCUUGAUGCUUACCUUUGGGAUCGUAGGCUAUGUUACAUAGAUUCACUUCUUGUAACAAAUGGUCAUGUUUCAAAGACCAAUCCUGCUGCAGAAAUUCUCUUGGACAUCAGGCUGAAGGAAUGGACAACAGAUUUGCUACAAGUGGAUACAAGUAUUGGGAAACCCACAUGCUUGUUGCAUUUACCAGGAAGUCCAAAAAAGUUUUCAGGAAGUCCAAGAAAAUCUUUGUUAUCCAGAGAAGGCUGCUUGAAUGAUGGCGAGUAUAGUAUGCCUGAGAAAAAAUUGCAGAUUGAUCUGGUCGAUCAUCCUGUUGAUGAUACAGAAGAUCUUGACAAGGUCUUCAGCAAAUUCAACGGACACAAUGAACGCCCAACUACUAAAGCUGCCAUUGGUAUGGAACCUGUUGAGCGGUUACCCUCACUUGCAUCUAUUUUUUCUGAUAAUAUUGAUUUGGCAUGGACUGGAUCUAGUGAGUUACAGUAUGAUCUUUCAGAAGGUUUCACCAACAUGGAUGAAAAUGGAUCCUUCAGUUUGUUGGAAAAUCGAAGUUACAAGAAUGCCCCAGUUAGAAUUCAUUCAUUUGAUUCUACACUGGCAUCCCGUAAGCGAGAACGCACUGGAUUAGCUCCUACUUCAUUGCAUCUGUCGUCCUUCAGAUCUGCUGAGUACUUAGGGGGUUUAACAAGCAUCACAAAAGAUCCAAUGCCAAACAUAAGGAGGGCUUGUUCUCAAAGGUCACCUGGGGCCAUAGAGAAACUAAGUGUUAUUCUUACUCGUACACCCACGUAUAUCUCAUCCGUUUCACAUAUGGUUGAAGAUGGGGCACGCUUGCUCUUGCCCCAGAUUGGCAAUGAGGAUGUUGUUAUUGCAGUCUAUGAUGAUGAACCCACCAGUAUUGUUGCAUACGCCAUGACAUCACAAGAAUAUGUGCAUCAAGUCACACGGAAACUAAAUUCAUCUUUGAGUUUUUCACAUCUUCCAAAUGCCAACGAGUUCAGACAUGGACUUGAGGGGUCCUUGCCCUCACAAGAAGACAGUCUGGAAUAUAAGGGAACUCAUUUUAAGUUUUCUUUUGAUGAUGAAACUCCUCUUCCUGCAGAUAAAGCAAAGUUCUCUGUGAUUUGCUAUUUUGAAAAGCAUUUUGCUGCUCUUAGAAAGAAAUGCUGUCCAAAGGAUAUUGAUUACAUCCGUUCACUGAGUCGCUGCAAGAGAUGGUCUGCGCAAGGUGGGAAAAGCAAUGUUUACUUUGCAAGGACACUGGAUGAGAGGUUCAUAAUUAAACAAGUCACCAAGACAGAGCUGGACUCUUUUGUAGAAUUUGCUCCUCAGUACUUCAAGUACUUAAUGGAAUCCUUGACGUCUGGUAGCCCAACUUGCCUGGCAAAAAUAGUAGGCUUAUAUCAGGUUAAUGUCAAGGGCUUGAAAGGUGGUAAGGAAGUAAAGAUGGAUCUGAUGGUGAUGGAGAAUCUUUUCUUUCAAAGGAAGAUACCUAAGGUGUAUGAUCUAAAAGGUUCAUUACGGUCUCGUUACACAUCUGGCGACAGUAAAGUCUUGUUAGAUUCAAACCUCAUAGAGGCAUUGCAUACAAAGCCUAUAUUCUUAGGGAGCCGGGCAAAACGAAGAUUGGAAAGAGCUGUCUGGAAUGAUACUUCAUUUCUUGCGUCAGCGGAUGUCAUGGACUACUCGCUUCUUGUUGGAAUUGACGAGGAGAAGAAAGAACUUGUCAUUGGCAUCAUCGAUUACCUGCGCCAGUACACGUGGGACAAGCAGCUAGAGACCUGGGUGAAGGCAUCAGGCAUUCUAGGUGGCCCGAAGAAUGAAGCCCCCACCGUCAUAUCUCCGUUGCAGUACAAGAAGAGGUUCAGGAAAGCCAUGUCCAAGUACUUCCUCACCGUCCCUGACCAAUGGACCUCUUAGCAACUAACUGAUUAUCCAGAGCACAUAGAAGCAUUAUCACAAUAGUGAAUGUUGCGUAAAGUCUGCGCGAGUCAUAUAGUCAGUUUUUUUGUGUGUGCUGUUGUGGGAAGAUUAACUCAUUCAUUUUGUACCCAGCUGUAUUGUGCUGUAGGCAUAGACAAGAUCAUCCUCUCCCUGGAUGCCAAGCAUGGUAUUUGCAGCGUCCAGCAACAGAUAAGAGGCUUGAUCUUUGUACAUUGGGACCAACAUAGUUAAAAAGAAACUGCGUUCUUUUUA